GUCAUGGGUUAUAUUUUUAUAUGUCAAUAAAUGUCAGAAUGUCUUGGGUUAUAUAUUUAUGAAAAAUAUCAAUUCAUGUAUUCCUUAUUUCAGGAGAAAAUGGCUUCCCUUGCACUUGUGCUCUUUGAUGUUGAUGGAUGUACUGCCAUUGUAAGCAGCAAAAAACUGGGAGAUCCCAAGGAGCUGAAAAAGGGACAGCAUGCACAUAUUAGGCUUAAUCAAGAGCAAAUGAAAGUAGAGAUUCUGGAGUUGUCAGAUUCAAAAACCUUCCUAAACAAAUUUGAGGACGAAUGGACCAAUACCCAUAGAUCCAUAGCUUUGGACAAAGAGAAAAAGAGAAGAAAAAACAAACCUCAUGGAUACUUGCAAGUGUGGCCCACUGAUAUGGAAGAUGCCACACAUUCAUCAGAUGGAGAAGAUGGAGAAGACGGAGAAACAGUCACUGAGGUGAACGAGACUGCCAGAAACGUGUCAUCAACUAAUUCAAGUACUGAGGGCAAAAGAACCGGAUCAGAAAACAAGAAACAACAGGAAACAACAAAGUCACAGAAGUCAACAAGGACAACAAAUGAAGGAAAAGAAAAAACAGGAUCAAAUGGAAGAAAAGUAACAGUGCUCCACGAAGGGUCUGGUGACUUAACAACAAACAUUUGUACACCAAAACGUGCCCCGGGUUUUUUAGAGGGAUUAUCUGGAGAUGAAAUCGACUUAAUACAAAGCCAAAUCCAAGAUUUUCGGCAAGGGAAAAGAAGUGUGGCAGUACAAACGGAUCAGGUGGUGGUUCUUGGACCAAAUGACAACAUUCCGGAAAAGAAGUUAGAGGACAUGUUGAAGAGAAUUCUCGAAUCACAGAACAAAGAAGUGUUACCUCUUCUUAAGGAAAUUUCUGGGACCCAAUUAGCAAGUGCGCUGAGCAUCCUGAAAACCAUAAGUGAUGUUGUUUCAACUAGGGACUUCCAGGGCCUGUUGCUAUCUGGACUAAGCCAGGAGAAGCCCUUGCCAGUCCUGAGAUUGCGGGAGAGUUCAUCAUCUCUUCCAGAUGUAGACCUUUUGGAUUGUCUCGAAACAUCACAUCCCACAGAAUCAACACCAUCUGCAACAGAGUCAUCAUUAGAUUCUUCACCAGCAUCCACCACCAGUAUUCCGCCUCCUUCAUCAUCUGGUACAUCACCAGCAUCCACCGCCAAUAUUCUGCCUCCUUCAUCAUCUGGUACAUCACCAGCAUCCACCUCCAGUAUUCCACCUCCUUCAUCAUCUGGUACAUCACCAGCAUCCACCUCCAGUAUUCCGCCUCCUUCAUCAUCUGGUACAUCACCAGCAUCCACCUCCAGUAUUCCGCCUCCUUCAUCAUCUGGUACAUCACCAGCAUCCACCACAAGCAUUCCUCCCUCUACAGCACUGAGUAAUCCACCAGUCUCAACCCAUGUUUCAACUUCUGCACCAUUGUGUUCACAGACAUGUUCCACUCCUGUGCCAGCAUGCGUUCAAGUUUCCACAGUGGUCAGUACUCUGCCAGCAUCUCCAUUGCCUCCUGAGAAACCAGCAUCAAACACUCAGAUCCCUCCCAGCAGGGAAUCACCAAGUGCAUGGCCAACUUCUAAUGGAAAUGUUACUGCUCCAUCAACAGCUGAACCAAUUAUAUCUCCUCCUCCUCUCAAUUCCAGGCGUGGAAAGAAACCCUUCAAUUUUGAGUGUGCUCCUGGACCACUGCAUGAAAUCAGCAGUCCCAAUGACAUGGCAGGAAUUCCAUCAGAUGCAGAGGUACGCAUACGCCAAUCUGUCAUCAGUGAUGUAUUGGAAGAGUCAUGUUCCAGAGGUAACCUAUCAUGGAGGUUGACCCAAGCAGUCUACCGAUCAGAUGAACUCAGUGGGAGAAAUUAUAAAGGAGGAAGAAAUAAACUUGCCCUUUCACCACGCCGUCGCCAUGCUGUGGAGCAUGCAGUAAUUGAAAAUUAUGGAAUGACAAAGGAGACCUUUUUUGACAUUUAUUCAAGUGUUAACACCGGCCUGAGAAACAUGAAGAUGAGGAACCGUUUUCCACUCCUUAUCGUUACCCCCAACAACAACAGUCAGUAGCCAGGACUAUCCAUGUGAUGUUGACACAUUUUGGUAUCUUACUUACAUGUUGUACAUGUUUUCACCUUUGUAAAUAUUUAUGCUACAUUUUGAUAGCAAUAUUUAUUUGAAAUUAAGUUAACAAAUCAUCUACUUAUUGACAUGUAUUGAGAUUUCAUUGUUUCAAUAAUUAAAUUAAUGUCCUUA